AUGUUAUAUAAAGAACAUUUGAUUGUCCCCACUGGUGUUCUCGUUCACAACAGUAGUAGUAGUAGUAGUAGUAGUAGUAGUAGUAGUAGUAGUAGUAGUAGUAGUAGUAGUAGUAGUAGUAGUAGUAGUAGUAGUAGUAGUAGUAGUAGUAGUAGUAGUAGUAGUAGUAGUAGUAGUAGUAGUAGUAGUAGUAGUAGUAGUAGUAGUAGUAGUAGUAGUAGUAGUAGUAGUAGUAGUAGUAGUAGUAGUAGUAGUAGUAGUAGUAGUAGUAGUAGUAGUAGUAGUAGUAGUAGUAGUAGUAGUAGUAGUAGUAGUAGUAGUAGUAGUAGUAGUAGUAGUAGUAGUAGUAGUAGUAGUAGUAGUAGUAGUAGUAGUAGUAGUAGUAGUAGUAGUAGUAGUAGUAGUAGUAGUAGUAGUAGUAGUAGUAGUAGUAGUAGUAGUAGUAGUAGUAGUAGUAGUAGUAGUAGUAGUAGUAGUAGUAGUAGUAGUAGUAGUAGUAGUAGUAGUAGUAGUAGUAGUAGUAGUAGUAGUAGUAGUAGUAGUAGUAGUAGUAGUAGUAGUAGUAGUAGUAGUAGUAGUAGUAGUAGUAGUAGUAGUAGUAGUAGUAGUAGUAGUAGUAGUAGUAGUAGUAGUAGUAGUAGUAGUAGUAGUAGUAGUAGAAAUAUUUGUUUUACACACGAAUAUGUAUCACCAACUAAAUGA